AUGGUUUACGGCAACAAGACGUGCACAUCAACCAUAGGCUGCGAGGGCCAGAAUAAGGCAGCAAAGCGCCGGGAGCGCGAGCGCCCAGACGUGCAACAAGACAGUGAGGCCCAGUGCGUCGACAACGAGGCAUCCAAAGGCAGCAACAGUAAUGCGCGUGAGCACGAAAGGAAGGUAAGUGCAAGACGAGACCAAGACAAUGAGACCAAGUCACAACAGCCUGCGCAACGAGAUGAGGAAAAGCAGCCGGCGCAAGUGAGCAACGCCAGCCCGAGCCAUGACAAGGACAGCAAGAGCAUGCCACAUGGCACCCACAAGAUAGCCAGUGCAAAGGACGGCAACGGCAAGACUGCGACAGCAUCCGAGUCCAAGCCAGGCCAGCAGGGACACUUCACCCAGUCAGGACAGCAUAGCGCGGCGGGGAGCAAGAGCAGACUCAGAACCGCGCUAGACCAAGAGACCAAAAGCAGUGAGAUCGUAUCCAUCGAGAGCGAGCCGUUCAAAGCCAUCGACGACAAGACGUGCGCACGCAAGACGAGCCGACGCAAGAGCGCAGACAGCGAGAGCCAGGAUGAGCCAGAUCGAGUGGUUGAGACAUCGCAACCGCGCAAGUCGACGCAGACAGUGUGGAAGCAAAUCCAGCGACGAUGA